AUGACCAUUAUAACAAUAUCUAUCUAUCUAUCUAUCUAUCUAUCUAUCUAUCUAUCUAUCUAUCUAUCUAUCUAUGUAUUUUGCUGCUUCUCCAAAUUGUCCUUUUUAUCUACUUUUCCUUUUCUUUCUUUCUUUCUUUCUUUCUAUAAUUUACGUUCAUUCAUUCUUUCUUUUUGGCUUUUAUCUUCAUUCAUCCAUUUUCUUUUUCACUUUUAUUUUCUUACUACGUACAUAUCACUUUUCCCUUUCUAUUUUAUAAAUUUCCCUUUUUUCCUUUUUUCUUUCUUUCUUUGUCUUUUAUUUUCAUUCUUUCUUUCUUUCACUUUUCUUUUCUUUUUUUACUACGCGCAUGUAUAUUUUCCCUUCUUUUUGUUUUGUAAUUUCCUUUUUCUUUGUUUUUUUUCUUUCAUUACACACCACCUUUCCUUUCAUUCUAUUUUAUUGAAUCUUUCUUUCAUAUUUUCAUUCGUUCUUUCUUUCUUUCCUUUUCUUUUAAUUUUAUUCAUUCUACUUAUAACCUCACUUUUCCUCCUUUCGAUUUUAUUAUUUUUAUCUUUCUUUCUUUCUUUCUUUCCUUCUUUCUUUUUCUCUUUCGUUCUUUCUUUUUCGCUUUCGUUCUUUCUUUCUUUCUUUCUUUGCUAUAUCAAUUUUUAUGAUUGUGCCCUGAGGAAAUCCAAUAUUGUUCAUCCAUCCAAUCUAUCUAUCCCACGUCUGUUCAUUAUGUCUUUCUCUAUGUUUGCUCAUUAUCUAUCUAUCUAUCUAUCUAUCUAUCUAUCUAUCUAUCUAUCUAUCUAUCUCUGUUCAUUAUUGAUAUAUCUAUGUUUCUUCAUUAUCUAUCUAUCUAUCUAUCUAUCCAUCUAUCCAUAUCCAUCUCCAUCUAUUUCUAUUCAUUAUUCCAUAUAUCUAUGUUUCUUCAUCCAUAUCUAUCUAUCUCAUCUAUCUAUCAUCCAUCUAUCCAUAUCUCUGUUCAUUAUUGAUAUAUCUAUGUUUCUUCAUUAUCUAUCUAUCUAUCUAUCUAUCUAUCUAUCUCUGUUCAUUAUUGAUAUAUCUAUGUUUCUUCAUCCAUCAUAUCUAUAUCUAUAUCUAUCUAUCUGUAUCAUCUAUCUAUGUUCAUUAUUGAUAUAUCUAUGUUUCUUCAUUAUCUAUUAUCUAUCUAUCAAUUAUAUCUGUUUCAUAUCAUCCAUCUAUCAUUAUCUAUCUAUCUAUCAUCCACUAUCUAUCUCUGUUCAUUAUUGUUUUAUCUAUCUAUCUAUCUAUAUCUAUGUUUCUUCAUUAUCUAUCUAUCUAUCUAUCUAUCUAUCUAUCUAUCUAUCUCUGUUCAUUAUUGAUAUAUCUAUGUUUCUUCAUUAUCUAUCUAUCUAUCUAUCUAUCUAUCUCUGUUCAUUAUUGAUAUAUCUAUGUUUCUUCAUUAUCUAUCUAUCUAUCUAUCUAUCUAUCUAUCUAUCUAUCUCUGUUCAUUAUUGA